UUCCAUGUCACUUAUUUAGAAAUGGAUUGUUUAUAUGUUGAUUGAGAAAUUUGCAUAAAACUGGACUCUAUCGUGAAAUCGGAGCGGCGAAGUAUGGCCAAUGAAGCCAAAGAUACAGACGAUUGGGAGAAAUAUGGAGCCAGACCGAAGAAAAGAUUUUCACAAGAAUUUCAGCGGAAUGAAUCAAAUCACCCAGAAACAUCAUCUAUUGAUCAUUCAGCAAACUCAGGGGACAAAUAUAUGUUGUAUGAUAAUGAUGAGCUAACGUGUGCUUUUCCAGACAAAACGGAAUUAAGUCUGGAAGAUUCUGAGAAAUCUGCCAUUGACGGAUACCAAUCGCAUGUGUCGUAUAUGGACAAUGCUGAUAGUGCAGUAACAAAUUUGUUCCAUAACAUCUCUGAAGAUCAAGCAAACGUGUAUGUUAGAAAUAAAAAUAAAAAUGAGGAAUAUUUAAAUGUGACAACACUACACUACUCACAGGUACAUAUAGAAAAACACAUCAGAGACAUUAAUGAUAAGCAAGACCAGGAAUUAAACGUCGUCGCACGAUGGGUAACUGACUUAAACCAAGAUAACAAAGAAAAGAUGAAGCGGAUGGAACAAACUACCCACACAUGUUUGCAAGUACUCGAAGAUUCCUUUGAAAAUAACACUGAUGCUUUCAAACAGGAACUGCGUGUACAUUUCCAGAAAAGUGUAGGACAUUUUCAAGAACAGCUCGAAGAAACAUCCCAACGAUUGAUGCAGCAAAUGCGUCAUGAGAUUCACAGACAAACAGAUGAUACAGAAUUUCUGCGUACAUUUUGUGCUGACGUGGUUGAACUGAGCAUCGAACGCUACAAUAGCCUGCCAUUUUCGCCUAUCGGAAAAGAAAAGACGGUGCAUUUUUUUGAACUUUAUGUAAUUCCUAGUUUAUUUCGAAAGAUAUCACUUUCCAACAGAAACCAGGAAAAGAGAAAGGAAAGUGAGAAAUUGAAGACUUUGCAAGAGAUUUUCGAAAUGAGUUCCACGAAAACAAAAAAAGUAUUUAUCAGUGGAAAAUCGGGAUAUGGCAAAUCUUCCUUCUGUCAAUUUCUCCUUUUGUCUUGGUGUUUGGAACAGCCUCAUACAGGGGUUGAUGAAAUGGAUAGCCCACUUCUUGAAUUGAAACGUGCGGCCGAAACCCGACAGGACUUAACCCAAUUUUCCGUCGCGUCAUAUCUGAAAGAUCGCUUCGAAGUAGUGUUUCUUGUAAAUAUCAGAAGUUUGCAAAGGCCUGUUUGUUAUAUAGAAGAAAUGAUAACGAUUCAGGUUACUGAAAGACUAAGCGAAGUAUAUUCAGAGGAGUUUUUUGAAAAGGUAUGGGACCUUCCGGAUGAAGCUACGGUUGAAAAUGUUUUCAAAAAAAGAGCCAUGGUCGCAUCGAUUCAGGAAAUCGUUCUCAAAGGAUACGAGGAGGCAUUUGGUGGAAACGAAGAUCAAUUCAAGAUCCAAUUUCGGCACGUGAGCAUACGAUCGAUAGGUGGAGUGAAAUAA